UCUCCUUACUGCCUUCCCAAUCUGCUUGAUCUCUUCCACCUCUUCGCUCUAUAAAAGCAGAGCUUGGAGGCAUCACUCAUACUACCUGCUCUCCCUCACCUCCUGGAGCUACCGAAGCCCUCCGAUCUCCCUCCCUCUCUCACUCGUCCGCCCCAAAACUAUCGGCUUAGAAGUUGAAACAUCGACGCGACUAGAGCCAACUAGGAAGGCAACGACGACAUUGCACAGGCUGUUGUGAGCGAAGGAGGAAGAUGAGGUUUACCUUCAUAUAGAAGGAGAAGAAGGAGAACGGGGAGAAGGGUAGAAUCGAGCACAGAAGCCGGGCGAAGACCGCGAAGACGGCGAAGUCGGCGGCGGAAGCGGGUACGCGAACCUUUUUGUAAUCACUGGUUUCGAUUCUAGCCACAUACCGUAAAUCAAUUUUUGCGGAGCUUCUUGCCCUCAUAUUUACCCCAAAAAAACUGGAUUUGCACCAUCUGUUUCGUUUGAUUAUUCGAAGCAAUUGAAGAACUGGAAACAAAUGAGCAGCAGCAGGGUGAAGAACUUCCGGCGGCGAUCGGAGGACAACGAUGCAAAGGCCGAAGACAAGGCAUCCCCGCGCCCUACUGCAAUUUCGACGAUUUCAAGCAAAUCCCAAGCCCUAACAGCAGUCAAACCCAAAAUACCCAAACCCGAGGGGCCAAAGCGCCUCAGCUUCGCCGAUGAAGACGAAGAGGACAGCCCCAGCAUCACAACCAUUGUGCGUUUCGCUGCAAAAACUCCGGCUUCCGGCAGUACCUCCAUUCACAAGCACACAACGUCCCGCGAUCGCUCGGCCAUCAACGCGCCUCACAUCCCUUCUAAUGUCCAGCCGCAGAGCGGGGAGUACACAAAGGAGAAGCUUUUGGAGCUUCAGAAAAACGCUCGUCCGCUUGGAGGAAGCAUGUCUAAGCCCCAAAAAUCAAAUCCCCAAGCGGAGCCCGUUAUUGUUCUCAAAGGUACGGUGAAGCCUAUGCCCCCUACACCUUCUCCGAACCAGACACAAGAGGAGGAAGCUGAGGACGAUCAGGUGAGUUUUAGAAAAUUGGCUCUUGAUGUAAAACCGGAAGUAUCUUCUGCGAUCCCUGACCAAGCUACUAUCAAUGCCAUAAGGGCUAAAAGGGAGCGGCUGAGACAGUCCAGAGGUCCAGCGCCCGAUUAUAUCUCCCUUGAUUCCGGUGGAGUUUUGGGUAGCCGGAGUUCUGGUGGUGGAUCGAGCGAUGAUGAGGACAAUGACUUCCAAAGCAGGAUUGCAUUGUUUGGGGAGAAGAAUGAUGGUAAGGUGAAGAAGGGUGUUUUUGAAGAAAUUGAUGUAAGGGUGCAUGCUGCUGAGGAGAAGGUUGUGGAUGAUGAAGAUGAGGAAGAGAGGAGAUGGGAAGAGGAGCAGUUCCGAAAAGGUUUGGGAAAGAGAUUUGACGAAGCAUCAACUCAGGUGAGUGCUAACAAAGUCAUUCAGACCCCAGCUCUACAACCAGCACUGUCUAUUCCUUUGAACACAGUUGCUGGUGUUAGUUUAGGCAGUGAGGCCAUGUCAAUUCCCCAACAGGCUGCUGUUGCUUCCCGAGCUCUGCUGGACAACAUUGGCAAACUCAAGGAAAGCCAUAAAAGAGCUGUUGCUUCGCUUGUCAGGAACGAUGAGAACCUCUCAGAAGCCUUGUCUAACAUCACUACUCUUGAGAAGUCUCUACAACAAGCUGAUGAAAAAUAUAAGUUCAUGCAACAGCUUCGUGAAUUCAUAUCAGUGAUAUGUGAUUUUUUAAAGGACAAAGCUUCCUUGAUUGAGGAAUUGGAAGAAGAGAUGCAGAAGUUACAUGAGCAGAGGGCUGCUGUAAUUGAGGAAAGAAGAGCUGCUGAUAUUGCUGAUGAGAAUGGUGGGUUAGAGGCUGCAAUCAGUGCUGCUCGCUCUGUGCUAGAUAGAGGCUCUAGCUCUGCUUAUAUAGCUGCAGCUUCUGCUGCAGUACAGGCUUCUCUGGCAGCUGUCAGAGAAAGCUCAAACUUGCCUGUUCAGUUGGAUGAGUAUGGCAGGGAUAUCAACCUUCAGAAGCGUAUGGAUUUUGCUAGGAGGGCUGAUGCUAGAAAGCGUAGAAGAAUUCAGGUUGAGGCUAAGAGGUUGUCUUUCGUUGCAAAGGGAGUUGGUGAAUCUAUGCAGAUUGAAGGUGAGGUGUCCAGUGAUGAAAGUGAUAGCGAAAGUAGUGCUUAUCAGUCCAGUAGGAAUGAGUUGCUCCAAACUGCUGAACAAGUUUUUAGUGAUGCAGCUGAUGAAUAUUCCAAACUUUCUGUAGUGAAGGAAAGACUUGAAAAGUGGAAGAAGCACUAUCUUCCUAGUUAUCGAGAUUCUUACAUGUCUCUAAGCGUGCCAUCCAUUUUUUCUCCUUAUGUGCGAUUGGAGCUUCUGAGGUGGGAUCCUUUGUAUAAGACAAUGGAUUUCUUUGAUAUGGAGUGGCACAAGGUGUUGUUGGAUUAUGGUUCAAUUGGAGGAAAAAUUGAUUUUGAACCAGAUGAUAAAGAUGCUAAUCUUAUUCCUAUUCUGGUGGAGAAGGUUGCUCUUCCAAUACUGCACCAUGACAUUGCACACUGUUGGAAUUUAUUCAGCACUCAGAGGACAGAAAAUGCAGUUUUUGCUAUGAAUUUAAUAAUCAGCUAUGUUUCCCCUACAAGCAAGGCCCUCCUUGAACUAUUGGAAGUUGUGUGUAGCCGGCUUACAGAAGCCGUUGCCAAUAUCAGUAUACCAGUAUGGAGUGCAACGGUAAUGAGCGUUGUUCCAGGUACUGCACAGCUUGCAGCUUAUAGAUUUGGGACCUCCAUACGUUUACUAAAAAAUAUCUGCUUGUGGAAGGAUAUCCUUGCAUUGCCAGUUCUAGAGAAAUUGGCACUUCAAGAGCUUUUGAUUGGGAAGCUUCUGCCUCAUGUGAGAAGCACCAUGUCAAACGUGCAUGAUGCAAUUACUAGGACAGAGAGGAUAGUGGCUUCUCUUGUAGGAGUUUGGUGUGGUCCUAACGUCACCGCAGACUAUGGCCAAAAGCUGCAGCCUUUGGUUGAUUGUGUGUCUGAAAUAGGGAGGGAAUUGGAGAGAAGGCAUGCUUCAGGUGUUAGUGCGAAGGAGACAUUGGGCUUGGCUCGUCGGCUGAAGGCAAUGUUGGUUCAGCUCAAUCAGUAUGAUAGAGCUAGGAUUAUGUUGAAGACAUUUCAUCUGAAAGAAGCACUUUGACUAUUUAUUUUUGUACAUUGUAGUUGAAGUUUGUGUUUUGACUAGUUCUGAUCGGUGCUGUUAUGUUCCAUAAAGCAUGAAAUUUUUGUAGCAGAGCAUUCCUUCUACAAGCGAGAUGAGUAUGAUGGCUUCAUUGAUUCUCAAGCUUUCUUAGAUUUCAUGUCUAAUCAGUUUAUUUGCAGCCUUGAUUCCUGUGAUAAUUUGAAGCAACUUGGAAAUCUUUGCUUAUAGAUGUAAAAUGGUUGGGGAAGUUGCUAUUCCUUGCCCAUUGUUUUGUUUGUAUGGAUUGUUACAGUACCUUCAGGCUUAUGUAUAAUCAUCAUGAUAGUUUUAAAUGAUUUCUGUUUCAGCAUUAAUAUAUUAUUCUUGAAAUGAAGUGUUAUCAUCUAAUCAUUAUAAUCUAUUAUCUUGCAAA